AUGGCCAGGGUUGACUUUUACAGAGAGUGUGAUAUAGUGGCGGAAGGGGUGGUUCCCCCACAAACAGGGGCUAUUGUGUCGUCAGAUGCAUAUGAGGCUUCCGCUAAAAACGUUGCAGAGGUACUUGGCCAAAAUCAACUGCUCGAGGGAAUCUCCGUGAGGACGCCGGGCUGGCUCGUCAAUUUCUUCCAGAAAUCUCGCACUGUAGUUACUGCAGGUGCGGAGCGUGCUGCGCACCAGAUUGAGACUGUAUCCAGGCGUUACUAUGAGAAGGAACGUCGCAUAACGUCGACCGUUGCUGCGCUGCACUCCAACCCACGGGAAGAGCUGUUGCCUGGAUUUGGAGCCGUUGCGGUUGCAUACUUUUCUGGCAGCGUGCUGACGCGGAAGCGUGGCAUUGUGCUCCGGGUUUGUGCUCCGCUCGCGCUGGGAUUGGGGGCAUUUUCAUAUUUCCUACCUACUACAUUCCGGAACACUAAGAGCUUGUGUUACGACUUGGAGAAGAGGGCGUUCCCACAAUUCGUCGCACAGCAGGACAGGCUUGCGGCUGGCACGAAACGGGCAGUGUGCGGCACGGUUCACACUACGGUUUCUGCGUAUAAUGCUACCCACCGGGCAUGCAGGAAGGUCACGAAAGUUUUCAGGGACUGGACGGGUUUGAAUCUCUGA